AUGCCUUCCACAGUAGAAUAUCGCGCUGGGAAGCGACCUCGCACCCAAUCUCUACCUCCUCCAGCUCUCCCCCAGCUUGUCGCCGAACAACAUGUACCCAUAGCCUCCAAUGACAAGGACAGCCAGAGACUUAUAGUAGUCUUAUCCAAUGCCAGUCUAGAGACAUACAAGGCCUCCCACGGUAACGGUGCUGGCCGUGCCGGUAUGCAGCGGGAGGAUAAAUAUUCGCUUCUUAACAGCGAUGAACACAUAGGAGUGAUGCGCAAGAUGAACAGAGACAUCAGCGACGCCCGACCUGAUAUUACACAUCAGUGUCUCCUUACCCUUUUGGAUUCGCCCAUCAACAAAGCGGGCAAGCUGCAAAUAUACAUACAAACUGCAAAGGGUGUCCUCAUCGAGGUAUCGCCUACUGUCCGCAUUCCCCGAACAUUCAAGCGAUUUGCCGGUUUGAUGGUUCAGCUGCUCCAUCGCCUAUCCAUCCGCUCGACCAAUUCGCAAGAGAAGCUCCUUCGAGUCAUCCAGAACCCGAUUACGGACCAUCUUCCACCCAAUUGCCGCAAGAUCACGCUAAGCUUUGACUCGGCCACCGUGCGCGUACGAGAUUACAUCCAAACGCUCGGACCGAAGGAAAGCAUAUGUGUUUUCGUGGGUGCUAUGGCCAAAGGUCCAGACAACUUUGCCGACGAGUAUGUAGAUGAGAAGAUCUCAAUUAGCCAAUACAGCCUUUCAGCUAGUGUUGCAUGCAGCAAGUUUUGCCACGCUGCCGAGGACGUCUGGGACAUCCUCUAA